AUGGGCGAGUACCUCAAGGACGUGCCAGAGUUUGUCGAGCUCGAGCUCGGAGAGAGCUUGAUCUCGCGCACCGAGACUCUCGCCUCUUUCCGCGAACUCGGCCCUCCUGAUCUCUGCCACAUCAUCAAGACGACCGGAAAGGCUGGGCAAAAGGAGAUCGGCUCCUACCACUACGUCUCCGGCGUCGACGCCUCCUCCUCCGCCUCCCUCGCCGCCUACAUCAACUCCCUGACCUACACCGUCGAAGAGACCCCCUCGUGGUUCUUCGGCUCGUCGAGCGCAAAGUCGCCCUGGCGAAUCCGCGGCGGCGCGUUCUGCUCGUUCAAUGCGUUCUCGAGGGUGGAUGUCAGGGUGGAGGUGAAGAUUCCCGGGGGAGUUGAGGCGUAUGUGAUUGACGUGCGAGGAGAGCGACACGAAGCGACCCCGCAAAUCUGGCAAGAAGUCUACCUCUCAGCCAUGCUGCGCGCGAUCCUCUACGCCGACGACGCAAACUACCGCCUCGCCGGGUUCCGCAAACUCGACCCGAUCGCGUCGCUCGACGCAGAACUCAAGUUUGUUGCGGCGGCAGAGGCGGCGUUUUUCAACGGCUGGCAACUCGGCUCCGAGCCCGAGAUCCAAGUCGCGACGGUCGUCUCGAACCACCUGACGAGCGGCAUCAUGCGAUGGUUCGGCGAGUCGUUCCGGUACGGACCCGCGGUCAACCUGUUCGAGAAGCUGGUCGUUAAGGAGGGAGAGGUCGCGUGCUUGUUGGCGCAGAGCUACUUGGGCAUGAACGAGGAGGUCAAGGCCGUCCGAGUCCUCCAGUCGGCGAUCCAGAACCAUCCUCAGUCCUACGCCCUCCUCCACGUCCAGUGCGACUUUCUCCUCUCGAAGGGCAAGACCGAGUGGGCUCUCAAGCUCGCCAAGCAGGCGGUCAAUUGCGCGCCGAGCGAGUUCGUGACGUGGGCAAAGUUGACGGAGGUAAACAUGGGGCUUGGGCGUUACACAGAUGCUCUGUUAACGCUCAAUUCAUGCCCCAUGUUCACCUACGCCGAGCGGGACCUCCACCGCAUGCCCACGCCCGCGAAAUCGCACCUCCCGAUCAAGGACUUUAUCGCCGCCUCCGGCAUCCUCGACGAGGAGAACGCCUCUCACUCGAACGACGCAGACGUCGCCCUCCUCCGCCUUCCCGCCCCCUCCCUCCGCGGCACAUUCGCGAAGGCCUACGUCCUCCUCGCGAAACUCGUCUCGCUCAUCGGAUGGGACGAGCUGCUCAAAUGCCGAUCGCAGGUGUUUGUCAUGGAGGAGGAGUACCGCAUGCACCGCGCGCAGGACCCCAUGCCCGAGUCGCCGCUCAACCCGAAUGGUUCGUCUGCGGCGGCGGGAGGAGACGAUGAGGAUGUCAAGGAGGGUUUCGGGCCGUUGGCGAUUGCGACGGACGAUGAGGGGUCGGAGAAGGCGCCGUCGAUCAAGGAUGGCGUCGAGGGGGCCACGGUUCCAACGAUCGUGGUGAACGGCGAGGAGGCGAAGAACGACGAGGCGGACGGCGGCGACGAGAGCCCUGCGAUCCCGACGAUCAAGGUGUCGACCGAGUCGGACGGCGAGCGCGAGCGGGAAGAGCUCCGGCGGUUCGAGGAGAGCGAGGCGGGCAGGAAGGCGCGCGAGUUGGAGAAGCCCGUCAUGGCGCGCAAGUCGGUGGACGAGAAGCGCGAGGACGACGCGGCGAAUGGCGCCGAGGACAAGCCGCUGCAGCAGGAGGCGUCAGGGGGCGCGGGCAUCCAGAACAAGCGGCUGUGCGAGCGUUGGCUCGACAACCUCUUCAUGGUCCUUUACGAGGACCUCCGCGUCUACACCAUCUGGCGUGCCGAAGUCGCCCACUUCAAGGCGCAGCACCUCCCGUACCGCAAGACCGGCACCGAGUGGGAGAUCCUCGGCGAGCUCGCCGAGCGCCUGUACCACCCCGAGGAGGCCAAGGACGCCUUCCAGCGCGCGCUCGACCUCAAGUUCUCGGCCAAGGCGUGGACGCGGCUGCUCGAGAUGUACGUCGACGAGGGCGACGUCCAGCGCGCGCUGAACGCUGCGAUCCGGCUUUCGGUGUUCCGACGACGCUGGUACGACGAGCAGAUCCACCCGACGGCCGUGUCCAAGGCGCUGUUCAAGCUCAU